ACCGAGGGCGGGGUGAAAAAGACAGACCCCUGCUUUAUCAUUCAACAUGGAGAUCGUACACAAGCUGUAGAAAAACAUGUAAGAGAAAAUGAGGAAUUCUUAUAUGUCAUAAACAACAGAUAUUUUGAGGAGAAAUGGGACAUCGGCACACAUCUACCGAGGGACACAGAAAAGAUUACCUAUGACACCUGUUUCUUCCACGGUGCCUCUGGCUCUCCAGUCUUCAAUGAGUACUGCCAGCUGAUCGCUAUGCAUACAGCAGGCUAUUCCUACCAGGGUAAAAGAGGGAAAACCCAGAGUGUCAUAGAGUAUGCCAUUCCCCUGUCAGGCAUACUUGAGGAGAUCAUCAUUCAAGUGGUGCGUAGGAAAAGGGUUGAUGUGCUACAGGGAUUCCUGAGCCAGAGGAGUAUGAAAUUAGACGUAGUGAUGGAAAGAGUCAAGGCACAGUCUGAUAAUGCCAGCCUGGUCAAGGCAUUUCAGGAGAAGCUGCCGGUCAACAGUAACUCUUCGGCUACAGAUCAGGGAGAGCAGAGAACCUUCCACCAGUUCCUCUUUGAUAAAGCCACAGGGGUCAAAGCCACAGGGGUCGACGCCACAGGGGUCGACGCCACAGGGGUCGACGCCACAGGGGUCGAAGCCACAGGGGUCGAAGCCACAGGGGUCGACGCCACAGGGGUCGAAGCCACAGGGGUCGAAGCCACAGGGGUCGAAGCCACAGGGGUCGAAGCCACAGGGGUCGACGUCACAGGGGUCGACGCCACAGGGGUCGAAGCCACAGGGGUCGAAGCCAUGGAGGUGGAUGAUAUCUAUGACAAUUGAAAAAAUGCCCAGUUGUCAUAUUUAAGUAAAAUAAAAAAAAGAUACCUUAAUUUUAUAAAAUAUAGAAAGUUACUCAAAAGGUGAAUGUCACCCAGGAAAAUAGUACUGAAGUCUAAAAAGAUUUGAUUCUAAAUGUACUUUAGUAUCAAAAGUAAAAGUGUAAAUCGUUUCAAAUUUCUCACGUUAAGCAAAGCAGACGGCACCAUUUUCUUGUUUUGAAAAUGUAUGGAUCGCCAGGGGCACACUCCAACACUCAGACA